AUGGCAACCAAAACGAUCACGUAUCUUCAGGCCGAGGGCGACGCCAAUGAGCGCUUCGCGGCACGCGGCGCGCACAACCUGCUCCUCGAAGGCGAGGCACAGCGCCAGGCGUUCCUGGGAUCCAUCGCCGGUGUCUCGCUGGUGGAUGGGAUCAAGGAACUGGAGUGGCCGGUCCUCGCGGAGGUGGUCAUGCCGUUCGUCACCCUCGCGCCGGACGCGUGGGAAUCGGGUUACGGCGCGGUGUACAUCGACGAGGACGCAUGGUCCCGUUGGGCUGAAGCCAUGUCAAUGCUGAUUGCAGACAUGGGCAAAGCCGCAUGGACCAAGGCAUACGAGGAGAUCAUGAAGAGGCUGGAGGCAGCGAGUGAGGACAUCAAGCAGAAGAUGCACCUGCGCCUGGCAGACCUAGUGCCAGUGCAGCCGGAGGUGCACUACGCGGAGGAGGGAAACGCUGCCCAGAGGGCUGCUGCAGCCGCAAAGAACAAGGCUGCGCAGGAUCGGGCGUUUUUGAAGGAGCUCAAGCUGGGAGAUCUCGCGGGAUCUGACGGGCGACUCGCAUUCUACGCGCGGGCGGCGACAGCGGUGGGAAGCCACGUGACAGUCUCCUCGCGGGAUGCAAAGUCGUUCAUGAAGGCGGUGCGGGCCAUCCGCAGUGCCGCAGAGUCCAAGAUGGGCGAGGACCUCGAUUCCGAGGAGGUUGCACUCGCCUUCAAGGGCAUGCUGACGGUGGAUCCCGUCAUGCCGGUCCUAAUGAAUCUUACCAAGACGGCGGGCGGUCCGGCCGCGCGGAUCAACCUUCGGCGCAUGGCGUGGGUGUGGAGCGGGGAUCGGCCGGUGGGGGAAGCUGAGCUUGCCCCGCUGCUAAAGGAAAACUUCCACGCUGCGCUUGCAUGCUUCGACGCGGUCCGGGCUAUGGUGGGCUCGGCGGCGGACGGCUCGUCGCUCCCGGCCGACGUCGGGCGCGUGUACUCGUCGGUGUCGACAGUGGCCAUGCGCGUCGGAGUGCUCAAGAACGGAGACCAUCUUGGGCCCGCAUCGCUGAAGGAGUUGGAGCACAAGAUGAAGCACUUGCGCGGCACGCUCGAGGGAGGUCGGUACACGGCAAAGUCCAUGUCCGAGCGAUGCGACGAAGUGGUGUGCAUGCUCCAUGCCGUGGCCCGCAACGCGGCGAUGCACCUUCCCGCGGGCGCGGUUGGGGGCGCCGGGACCGCAACAGAAACCGACAGGCUGGGCGCCAAGCCGGGCGCGUUCCGCGUAUGGCUCGCGUGCGCUCUGCUGGCGGCGGGCGCAACGCCGGAGCAGAUCAUGGCUCUGCUGCGCUGGUCGUCGGAGGAGGCGAGGCGGCUGUACGCGCGCAUCGGCGAGCGAGUUCAGAUCUCGCUGCUCGACGCCGCGGUCGAUGCGAAUUUCGAGACGGCGCUGCCGAGCAUCGACGAUGACAACGACGUCCGGAGGGUGAGCGAGGCCGUGACCGCGCUGAGGUCGGAGGCGGCGAAAGCGGAUCGAGCGCUCGAGCUGGACGACGGGGCGGAGGAGCCCGAUGACGAGCCAGCGUCACACUAG